AUGUUUUGUCCAAAGUGCCCGUCAGUGUUAAUUUCAGAAUCGCGAAUACCACCAUCAGUUCGUAGCGCCGUGUCACCACGUCGCUCAUUUCGACAGUCAAAACAAUGGCCGCCACCGCCAUCUGCGCCCAUACCUCGCUUUUGGCAGAUAAGUCCAGCCAUGCAAUUCCGGAAGAGCGAGGAUCACGAACCGUUGUCGUUGCACGACUUGAUUGAGCUUACAGACAAGGAGGAAUCAGAAUCGCCAAAGCCUCGACGAAGAACAAAGCAGAGGAGGGAUCGCCAGCGAGCUGCUACGGCACCUGUCCUACAAAUCGCUCAUUCAAAAAUCUUUGAGAAAAACACAACAGGUGACGUAACGAUCAAGGAAGACUCGACAGCACUCAGCGAGGAGGAAGUGUCGACGAAUAUAACUUUAGAUAAGGCAGAGACAAAUAAGAGAAUCCAGGGCAUUGUGUCACAUUUCCCUCUUAGCGCUGAACUAAGAACUCGCUGUCCAGUAGAAAAAUGUCCC